UAUUACUUUUAUUUUAGGGCGGUGCAGUGUACAUGUACAAUUAAACUCCAGCAAAAUGAGUGACACAAACUUGACAGCUAUUUUACACAAGAAAGGAGAUAUCAGACUGGAAGACUGUCCCAUACCGGAACCAGGUCCUGGACAGGUUCAGCUGUGCAUGCAGCAUGUGGGCAUAUGUGGCUCUGACGUGCACUACUGGCAGCACGGCUACAUCGGGGACUUUGUGGUGCGCGCACCCAUGGUGUUGGGUCACGAGGCAUCUGGGAUCGUCUCUAAACUAGGGGAAGGCGUCACCAACCUUAACAUAGGCGACAGAGUCGCCAUAGAGCCUGGUGUGCCGUGCCGGCGAUGUAUGGAUUGUAAGAAAGGUCGCUAUAACCUCUGUGCUGACAUGAAGUUCUGUGCAACGCCCCCCUAUGAUGGCAACCUGGCCAGAUACUAUGUUCAUGAUGCAGAUUUCUGCUAUAAGCUGCCAGAUCAUGUGAGUACGGAGGAAGGGGCCCUCCUGGAACCGCUGUCAGUCGGGGUGCACGCCUGUCGCAGGGCGGGGGUCACAUUGGGCAGCAAGGUGCUUGUCUGUGGGGCUGGUCCCAUUGGACUGGUGAACCUGCUAGUGGCCAAGGCCACUGGAGCUUCCCAAGUUUGUGUGACAGAUAUUGAUGAAAAGAGGCUGGUCAUGGCCAAGGAGAUGGGAGCAGACUGCGUUGUCAAGGUGACCUCCAAGGACCCCAAGGAAGUCGCAGCACAGGUCAUUGAGGCGCUAGGAGAGAAACCAGACUUCACGAUAGAGUGCAGUGGAGCCCCACCCAGCACACGCACAGCCAUAUUUGCAACCAAGUCAGGUGGCUGUGUGGUGCUGGUAGGGAUGGGACCACCCAGUGUGGAGCUGCCCAUCAUAGACGCUGCGGUGCGGGAGGUGGACAUUCGAGGAGUGUUCAGAUACGUCAACUGUUAUCCAACAGCCUUGAAUAUGGUCGCUUCAGGUGCGGUGAAUGUGAAGCCGCUGAUAACACACCGCUUCAAGCUGGAGGACUCCAUUCAGGCCUUUGAGACGACCUUGAGAGGGGAGGGCAUCAAGGUCAUGAUUGAGUGCAAGAAGUAAAGGUCAGAGAGAAGUCAGCAAGGGGUCAGAGGUCACCUGAUAUCAGUGCAUCUCUACUAGGCCAUAAUACUGGGGCUAGUGUCAAUGAAAAAGGGUCAUUCAAAACUGUUUAUUGUAUAUUUGAAUACUAUUUUAAAGUUUUCCAGAAUUUUUUAAACAAAAUAACAAAAAUAUUGUGUUUACCGGUUCCAUUUUGAUUUUGUUUAUGCAAUAUAUAUGUACAUUCUAUAAUACAUGUGUUUGUUGAUGGUGUUGUAAAUCAUUAAAUACAUGUUAUUGUUAUAAAAAUUGUUAUUUGGUAGACAUGGAAUGAUGCAUGAGUAGUUAUUACUAGAUAUAUUAUUCACACUGACUAUUAUAUUAUUAUUAAUAAGUCUGGAAUAUUUGUAUUUUGUAUCUAUAUCAGAAAGCACAAUAUGUAUCGACCAUUGUUCUAGUCAAGAUGUCGACCAAUUACAUUUUGUAUAAUUUCAAUACAAGUUAAUAUUGUUUUGUGUGUAUUAACCAUACAUUUUGAUGUAUAAAUAAUUAUGAAAUAUAAUUCAGAGGAAUUUAAGGUACUUGAAUUUGUAUUUUUUGUCAAAUAAAUUUUGGAUAAAAAAUA